UGUGGUACAGCAGCCUUGAACUGGAAGAAGCAAAAGCAAUGGAAAAUAUUCAACCUUUUUCAAUGGGAAAGGCCGCGAGAACCGCACUCUGGAAUUGAAACUCUAAAAAAAAACUCCUAAAACUCAUUUUCACUUUGCUUCAGUGCUUCCCCAACUCCCCCACUUUCCUUAAAACUUUUCUUCCAAAAACAAUUUCCAUGGAAUUCAAUUCCAAAAAAACACUCCAUCUUCUUCAUUUCUCAUCUCCCUAUCUCCUGUCCAUUCCCAACCAUGGCUUUCAAUUCCAAAUUCCCAAAGAAACCCACUGUUUCCCCCUCCCACUGCAAUCUCUGCACCACCCUUUUCUUCGUUGUUCUUUUCACCGUUCCCACUCUAUUUCUCCUCCAUACCUCCACCAUCUCCGUCUGCUCUCUCUCUGCCUCCACCACUCGUCUGAACUCAUGGUUCGGAGAUCUUCGCGAUGCUCAAUUUUCUUGGAAUCGCCUAGCUUUUGAUGAAGAUAAACCGCCACCUGUUGUUCUGAAAAUUGCUGUAUUUUCUCGGAAAUGGCCAAUCGGAACAAUCCCGGGGGGGAUGGAGCGGCAUGCUCACACGCUUCACACGGCUCUGGCUCGCCGUGGCCAUCGCGUUCAUGUUUUCACCUCACCUGUGUCUAACUAUGGCGUCGUUCAGAACCUCUCUUCUGAAACUUCAGCGCCGUACAUCCAUUUCCAUGAAGGCGAACCAGGCCGGUGGCGAUACAACAAAGCGUGGGAGCAAUACGAAGAAGAAAACCACCGAGAACCGUUCGACGUUGUUCACUCAGAGAGCGUCGCACUUCCUCACUGGUUAGCCAAACAGCUCUCGAAUCUCGCAGUUUCUUGGCAUGGGAUUGCCUUAGAGAGCUUGCAAUCGGACAUAUUCCAGGACCUAGCUCGCCGGCCGAACGAGCCGAUGUCGCCAGCCUUCAACAAGAACAUUCAAGGCGACGUCCCGAAGGUACUGAAUGAGAUCCGAUUCUUCAAAGAUUACGUUCACCACGUCGCCAUUAGCGAUAGUUGCGGAGAGAUGCUCCGAGAUAUGUACCAAAUUCCAAGCAGAAGAGUCCAUGUGAUCGUCAACGGCGUCGAUGAAGACGAUUUCCGAGAGGAUUUCAAAUUAGGGAAAGAAUUUAAGGCCAGAAUCGGUAUACCUAGAAACGCAAGUCUAGUCCUCGGAGUCGCCGGAAGAUUAGUGAAAGACAAAGGCCAUCCGCUACUUCACGAAGCUUUCUCCAUCAUCACAGAGCAACAUCCAAACGUCUACCUGGUGGUCGCCGGAGCAGGACCAUGGGAACAACGGUACAGAGAUCUAGGUCCUCAGGUUCUGGUAUUAGGAUCGAUGAGUCCGUCGGAACUCAGAGCUUUCUACAAUGCGAUCGACAUCUUCGUGAAUCCCACGCUUCGGCCACAAGGCCUGGAUCUAACUCUGAUGGAGGCUAUGGCGAGCGGAAAGCCGGUAAUGGCGUCGAGGUUUCCGAGCAUAAAGGGUACUAUUGUUGUGGAUGAUGAGUACGGGUUCAUGUUCGCUCCAAACGUGGAGUCGUUAGUAGAGACGCUGGAAGCGGUGGCUAAGGAAGGUUCAGAUCGACUGAGACAGCGGGGGAAGGCUUGCCGGCGAUAUGCGACGUCCAUGUUCACUGCCCGGAAAAUGGCUCUGGCAUAUGAGAGGUUAUUUCUUUGUAUUAAAGAUGAAGCAUUUUGUAAUUAUCCGUAGUUCUAAUUUUAUUUUUUUUUCCUCCAAAUUUCUAUGUUGUGAUCAAACACUCCAUUUCAUAAUUUAGAGAGCUUUAAGUCCAUUGAUUUCACCUACUGAAA